CACUUUUGAACUCACUGAUCGAGGCAGCGGUGGCUCAACAACUCCUGUGUGCUGUGGCGUUAAAUUGCUGAUUUAUUCAAUGGACUUUGGUCUGUGAGCCCGCGAGCCUCGAGGGCGGCCGCGCCGUGAGUUUUUAGGAAAAACACACCUACUUGGGUUUUCCCGGCAGCUGGUGAGCGGGUGAACAGGUGUAAGGGGGCGGGGCUGGAUUGACCUGUUUGCGGAGGCGGCUCUCAGGUGUGGGGAGCGGAUCGUCUCGAGGACACGCCGGGACUCGGUUGUAGUGGGGAAAGAUUGAUCUGCUUCACGCGCACAAAUCCAGCAGGAAAAAUGGUGAAGAGAAGAGACAGAAAAAAGAUUCUGCUCUGCACGUUUGUUUCUGGGAUUAUUGUCAUCGCGAUCGUUCUGCUAAAAACUCAGGAGCCUUUUACAGUGUUUCCUCUUCAUCUGGUUCCUCGCCUUGAACCAUCUGAAGUUUCCACCAAGGCUCAGCCAGAUGGAUGGUGUGCCACACCGUCAGACUGUCCCUCGGAUCACUUAAGCUUCUACCUUCAGACUGGAGCCGCCAACAUCGUGGCUCCAAAGAUCUGCAUCCAGAACAAGUUAGUUCUUGGAGCAGGUUUAAUGAAUGCUGGAGUCGGAAUAAACAUUGCUAUAAUAAAUGGUAAAACGGGAGACGUUGUGAAUACGGGUAACUUUGACAUGUACAGCGGGGAAGUGAAACCUCUCAUCGAUUUCCUGAAGAGCGUCGAGACGGGCUCCAUCGUGCUGAUGGUGUCUUACGACGAACCUGCGUCAAAGUUGAACGACGAGGCGAGGCAGCUGAUCGCCGACCUCGGGAGCUCCCUCAUCCGAUCGCUGGGCUUCAGAGACAACUGGCUGUUUGUUGGCGGUAAAGGAACAAUUGUAAAGAGCAACUUUGAGAAGUUACUGAAGAACGACAAUGCACACAAUAAAUAUGAUGGCUGGCCCGAGCUCAUCGAUCUGCAGGGCUGCAUCCAUCAGUUCUGACGAGGCUCAAAGCAACGACGGAGGGGCACCACACCACUGGCUACACCUGAUCCCUGUCAUGUGUGUUACAGCAGCAGCAGCAGCAGGGAGGACCAUCCCUGAAUACUGUCACUCAACUAUCUGACUGUCACCUCGUGUCACACGAGGCUUGAACUUUCUUGGACUUUCGUAACAUCUGGUUCAUCAUUACGCAACGACAACAAUAAGAUACUGACAAACAGUUACACAUUAACAGAGAUGUUUUCAAAAAAAAACAAGAAAGAAAAACUCUCUCCAGGUCACGACCGGUCUCUCCAGAGGACCCGUCUCAUAUAUGUCUGUCACCAUGAUAUAUAUCUAUGUAUAUAUAUAUAAAUAUAUAUAUGUCUAUGUAUCUAUAUCUCUAUAUCUAUGUCUAUGUAUAUAUGUGUGUGUGUGUGUGUGUGUGUGUA